AUGAUUUUGUUAUUAGUAUCUGUUGUUUUAGUGUUUGCUUUGUUACUGUCUUGGAUUAGUUUAGUUCGGCAAAGCCGCCAGUUUAAUGUAGACGGGCCAUCUCCUCUGCCCUUAGUGGGAAAUGCACAUUUGUUUGUCGUUAAAUCUACUGAGUUCUUGAACUUGGUUCAAAGACUGUCGGAGAAGUAUGGCAAAGUGUUCAGGGUGCAUUUUUUCUCGACGCCUUACGUGGUUAUCUGCCAUGCGAAGCAGGCUGAGGAACUAGUGUCAAGCACAGAACAUAUAACAAAAGGGAGAUCCUACAGUUUUCUGACAUGCUGGCUUGGUCAAGGUCUACUUACUUCCACGGGUCAAAGAUGGAAAACCCAUCGCAAGUUUUUAACUCCAGCGUUCCACUUCACCAUCCUGCAGAACUUUCUUCCCGUGUUCUGCAAGAACCAGCGAGUUCUAACGGAGAAACUACGAGAACUUGCCGACGGGCGCCCGAUUGACAUGUUUCCUAUUAUUGCUUUGGCUGCCCUUGAUAAUGUCACAGAAUCGGUAAUGGGCGUCUGCAUGGAGACCCAAAAAGAUAGCCAGUCUGAAUACGUGAAAUCCAUUGAAGAAUUGUCUGCAAUAGUAACAAUGAGGAUGCAAAUACCAUUCUUCGGUGAAGAUGCCAUUUUUAAUUUGUUGCCGUACAAGACGAGGCAAGACAAAGCAUUGAAAGUGUUACAUGGACAGACAAACAGAGUGAUUGAAGCCAGGAGACAGGAACUGAAGAAGGCUAAUGUUACUGCUUUGCCUGACAGUAAUGAUAUUGGUGUAAAGAACAAACACGCUUUCUUGGACUUGUUGCUGCUUGCUGAAAUCGAUGGCAAGAAGAUUGACGACGAGAGCGUUAGAGAGGAGGUUGACACCUUCAUGUUUGAGGGCCAUGAUACAACCACUUCGGGCAUCGUUUAUACCCUCUUUUGUCUAUCUAAGCGAAGAGAUGUUCAAGAGAAAAUCUACGAAGAACUGAAGACUAUCUUCGGGAACGAAAUGCACAGGGACCCGACAUAUCAUGAACUAGCUCAAAUGAAAUACUUGGAGCUGGUCAUCAAGGAGUCGAUGCGAUUAUUCCCACCUGUGCCUCUGAUUGAGCGAAGAAUCAUGAAAGAUUGUGAGGUAGGAGGUCUGAAGCUAUUGAAAGGUACUUCAGUAGUAAUGAACAUCUACCAGAUCCAGCGGCAGCCGGAUUUGUAUGAUGAUCCGUUGGAGUUCCGCCCUGAAAGGUUUGAGGCGCCAUUGAAAAAUCCCUUCAGCUGGUUGGCGUUCAGUGCUGGUCCUAGGAAUUGCAUAGGUCAAAAGUUCGCGAUGAUGGAACUCAAGAUCACCAUCUCGGAGAUUAUCAAGCACUUCUACAUAUUACCGUCAGCUCAGGAACCAGAAUUGAGUGCAGACCUGGUUUUGAGGUCUAAAAACGGAGUCCAAGUGAAAUUGAUGCCAAGAAAGUAA